AUGAUGAGGAACUCUCAGUCUCUUCACCUCUUCCUUGUUCCCACUGUGUUUUCUCUACUUUCACUCCUCCUUUGUCGAGCGUCUGCCACUGCAGGCUCCGACUAUGACUUCAGAGCCCAACCCCGCUUCGUCUGCACCCCUCUUCCCGUGGAUGCAGACCCGGCCUGCUUCCCCACUUCGCCUCCAAGCUCAAGUCCGACAGGGCCCAGCGGACCAGGUUAUCAAAAUGCACCUCCUGCUGGAUGGUGGGGGGCAAGCGAGGAGGCCAAAGCCACCAUCCUCCACCUGAGGGAGAGCCUUGUGCGGCAGAAGGAGACCAUCCUGGACCAGAGGGAGACCAUAAGGGAGCUGACGGCCAAGCUCACCCUGUGUGAGGGCUUCGGCCGCGGCGGGGCGCCUCAUGACUCCCACCACACCACAGGCUCCAACUCCCACCACGCAGGGGCGGCCAGCCAUCCCACUGACCACGGGCACCAUAGCAACCAGCCGGGUCACCAUGGGAACGGCAACCUCAUACCAGACUCGCCCCACCAUCCCUCUGUAGGGGGGCAAGGAUCUGAUGGAGGUCACAGCAGCAACAACCAGGGGAAGGAUAAACAUGUGGCACCGGGGGACAUCUCAUCGUCACCAGAGCAGAUGGAGAGGAUGCUGCAGGCGCUGAAGGAGAGGCUGGACAACUUACAGAAGAGGAACACGUCCAUCGCCUACUCUAGCUCCCUGAAGGAGCUGCUGCAGAGGAAGAUCAGCACUCUGGAGGAGCAGCUGCAGCAUCGCACCGCCGCCCUCAACAGCCCCGAGCGCCACGAGGACGGCGACCAUCACGAGGACGGACACCCAGGUGACCACAGCGACGACCACAACGACAGACACCACGAUGACCACGACGACAGCGGGAGCCACGCCGAUCACCACGACGACAGUCACAAUGAUGACCACCACGACGCAGAUGGUCACCAUGACGACCAUGAUGACGACCGCCACCAUGAUGACGAUGAUGAAGAUGAUGAUGAUGAUGACCAUGACAAUAAUGAAGCAGACAGUCACGGUUACCUUCCACACCCUGGAUACAGAGCUCCAGGCCCUCGAACUGGUUUCCACAAUAAACUGGAGUCGGUGCUCAACCAGCUGCACUUCACAGGUUCCAGCAACACACAAUCCCUGAGUCCUGAUGCCUUCCAGAUCAGCUUCCCCAUGAGAACCAACUACAUGUACGGGCGGGUGAAGAAGACUCUGCUGCAGGAGAUCUUCGCUCUGACUCUGUGUCUCUGGAUGAAGGCCGGCGCUGGAGCCAGCCUGGGGACGCCCUUCUCUUACUCUGCCCCGGGACAGGCCAACGAACUGGUGCUGAUUGAGUGGGGGGACAACCCCUUAGAGCUGCUGAUCGACGACAAGGCGGUGACGUUGCCCCUGUCUGUGAGUGACGGGAAGUGGCACCAUGUGUGUGUGACCUGGUCAACCCGGGACGGACAGUGGGAGGCCUACCAGGACGGAGUGCAGAGAGGGUCCGGGAUCAAUCUCUCUCCCUGGCGCCCCAUCAGACCUGGAGGGGUCUUCAUCCUCGGACAGGAACAGGACACACUGGGAGGUCGUUUCGACGCCACUCAGUCAUACGUGGGUGAGAUGGCCGACCUCCACCUGUGGUCCAACGUCCUGAGCGCCAGUGACAUCUACAGCCUGGCGUCCUGCGGCAGCUACCUGAGAGGAGACGUCAUCGCCUGGUCCGACGCUGACGUGGAGCUUCACGGAGGCGUAGCCAGAUACCCCUUUGACCCCUGUCACUGA